AUGUCCGACGACGAGGCCGAUCCCGAGCUCGUCGCCCUCCUGCGCGCCCACCUCGGCCUGGGCCCCAAAGAUGCCAAUGCCCCGGCCGAGACCAAAGUGCUGGACCAUGCCCAUUUCAUCUACAACAACAGUAUUGAUGUCGCCCUCGACAUGAAGGGCUGCCAGACGGCCGCCGCGUCCAUCUGGAAGCAGAUGCGGGAGCGCGAGUACAGCACCAGCACUUGGUCUGAGCACGAGUUGCACCCCAAGACCAAGGACGAAGCCACGGUGAAUUUCAUCUUCACCAUGGACCUGCUCAACUUCUCGUUUUGGUCCGCCAAGGGCCCCGGCGACUGCUUCUCCAUCGUCUACAAGGGCAGAAAGUGGACCGGCUACUGGAGUCUAGUUGCAGCUCUGCAGAGGGCUCUUGAUGGCGACAUCCCCAUCACCGACCCGUCCUUCUGGGCCGACGAGGAGGCUUGUACCGAAGACGUGUUGCGUACUGUCUUCAGCUCGGCGACAGAGGAGGAGAUCCCCCUCUUCAACGAGCGCUUGCAGUGUCUGCGAGAAGCAGGCAAGGUCCUCGAAGAACAAUUCGACGGAAGCAUCGCCACUCUGAUCUCCGAUGCCCAGAACUCGGCGGCUAAGCUUGUCAACCUUCUCGCUGAUCACUUUGCCUGUUUCCGGGAUCAGGCCAAGUUUGAGGGCAAGACGGUCCGUCUCUUGAAGCGCGCGCAAAUCCUCGUGGCCGACCUGUGGGCCGCAUUUGAUGGCGAGAGCUAUGGCGAGUUCCAUGACAUUGACACCAUCACUAUGUUUGCCGACUACCGUGUUCCGCAGAUGCUGUAUACUCUCGGUUGCAUCUCGUACAGCCCACCGCUUGAGGCGCGAAUACGCCACAAGGAGGAGAUUGAGCCAGGGCAUAGCUGGGAGAUUCAACUAAGAGGGUGUAGCAUCUGGUGUGUAGAGCAGAUCCGACGAGAAAUCGUCCGGUGCCAUCCGGAAGCCAAGGUGAACGCCAUUCUGCUCGAUUUCUUCCUUUACGACACCAUGAAAGAGCUGGAGGAGGCCGGCAAGGAACAGGUCCCCCACCACCGUACGAGAAGCAUCUGGUAUUAG